CGGUCAUACUCUCGCCAUCUCGUCGAUGAUAUCGCGACAAUCACCAUGUCCGAUGGAAACGUUACGGUAGCGGCCAAUGUGCUCGGUACUAUUGGCACGGUGCUGUGGUGCAUUCAGUUGAUUCCUCAGAUCUGGUAUAAUUAUCGACGGAAGAAGACAGAUGGGUUCCCAGCAGCUAUGAUGUUUUUAUGGGCGAGCUGUUCCGUUCCUAUGGGUGCUUAUCUGAUUUUGCAGGUCAGUGCAUGUCCGACGGAGUGGAAUUGCAUCAAGAUUCCUGGGUUUGAAGGAGGUGUCCUCGCCGCUGCUGACUAUGGCGCAGCAAGUGAAUAUUCCACUGCAAAUCCAACCGCAGAUGUUCGGGUUUUUCUCUCUGGUCGGUUGGGGCCAGAUUCUAUAUUAUCAUCAGUAAGUGGUUUCGAUCAAGUCGCUUCCCAGAGUCUGGUUCUGGUUCUGAUGGUUGGCUGCAACAGUAACUAUACUCGCAUGAAGGCAACUUUGAUUUGCUCGGGCAUGGUCGUGCUGUUCGGUGGCUUAGAAGCUCUUCUCAUUUUAACGUUGCGGAUUCCGUACCGUAAAGGUGUGACCUGGCCGGAUCUCGUGGUCGGGAUCGUUGGGGCCCUCCUUAUUUGUGCGGGUCUACUGCCGCCAUAUUUUGAGUUGUGGAAGAGGGAUGGCCGUGUAAUCGGAUUCAACUGGUAUUUUCUGGCCAUUGACACAUUGGGCGGGCUAUUUUCGCUUUUCGCACUAGCUGCGCAGGGUUCAUUUGAUAUUCUUGGUGGCAUUAUGUAUAUUUUGGUAAUUGUCCUUGAGUCAGGCAUCUAUAUCAGCCAUAUCAUCUGGCGUAUUCGUUAUCGCAAACUCCGCAAGGAGGCCAAGGCAACUGGGAGGAGCAUUGAUGACCUGCUUCGCCUCAAGAGGAAUGAUACACAGGCAGCAACGGACCUCGAAGCAGGCGUUGUUGAACGUGGCAAUGACAUGGAGAAACAAGAACAUGAAAUUGGUGACGUUGCAACUGGAAUUACAGCAUAA